AUGGCUGAUUCUGACCCUGGGGAAAGAAACUAUGACAACAUGCUGAAAAUGCUGUCAGACCUGAAUAAAGACUUGGAAAAGCUGUUGGAAGAGAUGGAAAAAAUCUCAGUGCAGGCCACGUGGAUGGCAUACGACAUGGUGGUGAUGCGCACCAACCCCACGCUGGCGGAGUCCAUGCGGCGGCUGGAGGACGCCUUCCUCAACUGCAAGGAGGAGAUGGAGAAGAACUGGCAGGAGCUGCUCAAUGAGACCAAACACACGCAGUAG